UAGUCGGCAAUUUAGGCAUGGCAGGCGACGGUGAAGAGCACUACACGGUGCUGGGGCUGCCUUCAGGGGAGUUAGGGUUGCGGGUGUCGUCGUCGGAGAUCCGCCGCGCUUACAAACGCAAGGCAUUCGAGCUGCACCCGGACAAGAGGCCCGGCGACGAGAAUGCAAAGCAAAAGUUCCAGAAACUGCAAUCCUCCUACGAGGUUCUCAAGGACGACACAUCUCGCAAGUUGUAUGAUGAUCGCCUUCGGCUCAAGAUCCUUCUGAAAUCCAAGCAGCGCCGGGAACGAGCUUCAGAUCAUGAUCAUCAUCGUUCCGAGCGAAAGAAGCAGAAGCAGAAGCAGCAGCAGCAGCAGCAGGACGACCUAGCUGAAGAGAUUCGGGAGCAAGCAAAGCGGCGGAGUUGGGAGCAAGAACAGCAACGCUUAGCUACAGAGUUCUCGGAGAAGAUCGCGAGGAACGUGCGCUUGCUGGCCGAGCACCAAAAGAAGCGAGCGUUCGAAAACUACCAAUUCCGGCGCAGAAUGGAACUUGAGGACCCGUUCUUCAUGCCUUACCAAUGGUUUUAAACAACGUUGUUGAGUCACAUUUUGGUGGCGGCACCGUGACUACCAAUUGACGCAAUCAAAACGCGUGUAUGCAAAUUAUCGAUCCAGUAAUUAAGAUAAGUAAAGUUAUCGUAAAAGCAAGUGUCUUUGUCAUCCAAACAAAGAGUACUGGGAGAAAACAAACUUGCUGAGGGAUUAUGUGCAGUGCUGCAUGGCCAAAUCUGUAGAACAAAACUCUUUCAGCAGGCUAAAGUUAGCAUUCCACAGAAUGAAUGAACAAUUCCAAAAGCAUACGUGUUCUCAUCCAUGUUUUUACGACUUGAAUUGAAUUAUUUGCCUUCGAUUAGAAGCUAUGGAGUCUUGAUGUAAAGUGUAGUGUCCUUAAGUACAAUGAAAUUGACUCUCUUAUCCCCGUGAACUAACUAACACACAUUAUGUUAGUGACCCACGUAAAUUUAUGUCUUCUUCACUUUCUUGCAUUGUCGAUUGUAUCCAGAUGCGCUCUUAAUAAUUCAUCAUUCCAGCUUGCUUUUAUCGAUUAUUAGCUUCUUUUCAAACUAAUCCUCGGUAAAACAAUAAAUCUAAAUGGAAGUUAGAAAGAAACCUAAAAUGUGACAUUUUUUGAAACUAUAAGACACGUAUGAGCGUAUAGUAUUUAUUUAGAAUUGCUAUAACUAGUUCCAAUUCCGUAGAAUUCAAAAUUUAGAAUUGAAAAUGAAUUAUUUUAAAUACCAAACAGAAAAAAAAUUCAUUUCAAAAUGAAUUCCUAAAAAACUUAUGGAAUUCAUUUAUACCAAUCAGUAUUAAAAGUAAAUAUUCAACAUCAUCAAAAAAUAAAAGCUUGAAUUGCUAAACUACUAAAUAGUUCAUCCAUACUCUCUUUUUUUAUCGGAACCCGCUAGAGUUUUAUUUAUCAGCGUUUGUCGUUACAUCAUCCAACAUCAGUUGAUCAACAAGAAAAACCGGCGGUCUGUCCAUCCAAACAAUACUCUCAUCCCAUCUAGUUUUCGAAUGAGCCAUGAUGUGGGCUGCCUUGUUUGCUUCACUGUAGAUGUGCUUCCAUCCAGUUUCGUCCAUCUCCGAGAGUUUCCUGCGAAUAUUUCUGCAUAACGCGCCCUCCUCCGUUCACACCUGUUCCGCCUUCUGCAUCAGCACUUGGCUGUCGGACUCUAGGAUUGGUCGUUCGAGCUGCAACUGCCAGGCUAACUGCACUCCUAGAUCAGCAGUAGCAGCCUCUGCCUGUAACCAUAGCAGUCAAAAUCGCACUUUAAAGCAUAUCUUUCUACCUAUUUAUACGAAGCUGUUGGUUAGUUGAUUGCUUUUGGUCACCCUUUCCAGCUUUCCUGGAUGGACUAAUCCACUAAAUUCUCAUCAGGGAUGACAAAAAAAAUAUCCAUAUUUGACUAUCUAUCUAAACUCAUCUUAAUACCGCUCAGAUUAGAUUUGGGCAAUUUUGUUUUGAAGAAGACCAUAAUCAACUUUUUAGUUUAACUCCAAAUUACACAUAUGUAUUGGUUACUCAAGAAAGUGAAUACCUAAUUCUAAUACAAUUUUUGUUAGGGU